AUGAUGAAUAGUGCAGAAGGAGCAGUACGACAACAACGUCCAACACAUAAUCCAUCGAAAAAUUUACAACAACAUGAAUUAAGUAAUUUAUAUGACAUACUUGGAUCAAAUUGUGUGACUUUAUCAACAGCUGUUGCACAAGUUUUACAUGGUUAUAAUGGUACCUGGAGAAAACAAGCAUGUGGUGUGUUUUGUUUUGUUAAAGAUUAUCAAAAUCGAAGUUAUUGUUUUCGAUUAUAUGAUCUUAGAUCUAGACUAUCAAUUUAUGAAGAAUUAGUACCAGCUUCACUUCGUCUUGAAAAAGCGUUAGAUGUUUUUUAUACAUUCGACGGAUCAAAUUGUAAAAUUGGAAUAAAUUUUGUUGAUCGUGAUGAAGCACAAACAUUUUCUCAUCAUUUUCAUUCAAAACAAGAAGAUCGUCAAAAAAAGAAAAAGACUCCUGCGCCAACAAAAGUAACACAUCCAGUUAUUAGUCCACCAUCGACUUCACCAGGUGUGUCCGCUCUGAUGAAUGGAAUGAAACCAACACCAGCCACUAUAGCACCAUCAACAUCAUCCGUAGCAGCAACAACUAGUGUCACUACUCCACAAAAGCAAAAUACAGUCAAAAAUUCAGGUUUUUUUACAAUCGGUCGAAAUAAAAAGAAAGUUGCUCGUCCCGAUAUAUCAGCACCCAUUCAAUCAUCAUUGGUGCAUGUUAGUCAUAUUGGUACUAAAGAAAGUUUUUUUAAUGAUGAUGUAACAAAAAAAAUGUUUGAACAAGUAUUAGCUGGUAUGCAUAUAUCACCGGAAGAAAAAAUUUAUGUACGAGAACUUGUAAAUACAGAUGCUGAUUUACAAAAACUUCUAGAAAAACCAACAGUAUCUAUAAAUAAUACUAAUAAUCAAGGACAACAACAAAUGUCAACAGCUCCACCAGAAAUUCCUCCACGUAGUCAUCAAACUCUAGGUAGAAGUAAUGGUGGUCGUGCACCACAGCAAGAUAUAUCGGGUCCAUCACCAGCUUAUAAUCAAUCGAGUAACAAUCGUUCUCAACCAUUUCAAGGAUUGUUUACUCCACCUACUGGUCUUAAUCAACAACCACCUCCUACAAUUCCACCAAGACCAGGUAUUCGUGCAUCUGAUAAUACAUAUCCAUCAACACAAGCUCCAUCGACUCCACCACCUCCACCACCACCGCCACCAUUUCACGGAGGAUCUGGUACUGAUGCACAUCGAGGACACGCUCCGCCUGCACCUCCACCCCCACCACCUCCUCCACCACCAAUGCCCGCUAGUUUCAUGAAUCCAAAUCAAAGUUCAGGUGGUGGUCCUCCUCCACCACCACCGCCUCCUCCUCCAAUGAAUUCAAGCUCUUCAUCAGGAUCAAUAGCAAAUUCGCCUGUUGUUCCAGGUGUAAGUGCAACACGUGACAAUUUACUUGAUGAUAUUCGUAACUUUGGUACAAACAGACUAAAAUCACGAUCGGAGCGGCCACCAAUACCAGAAAUGUCACCAUCAGGUGAUACAAGUCCAGCAGCACAAGAUACAAUGGCAAUGAAUAUUCUUAAAAUUCUUGCGGAACGACGAGAAAAACUUAUUGGACCAGAAGCUCAAGAUGAUAAUAGUGAUUCAAGCGACGGUGAAUGGUCAAAUUAA